UUUAAUAAUUGACCCGCCCUCUAAUUUAAAUAAUAAUAAUAAAUUAGGGAAAAGGUCACAACUUAUAUCAAAUGAUAAGUGCUCGACUGCGUCUCCUCGGUCGAUUUCUCAUCCAAAUGAAAAUUCAAAACGAAUAUAUUAAGGAAUUUUCACAUAUUUUCAAUCCUCAUAACUACGACUGCGCCAUUAUCGCUGUCCGACAAGUCGCCCGGUAUGUACCAGAGGAACACAUUUUUAAGACCCCUGCUGUUGCUUCUAAUCUGGGGACGUUAAUGAAGCACGUUGGAGAAAUAUUCAGGUCAGAGUGCAUCAAGAACGAAUCCCCGGAUGACCAGCGCAGAGUAGAAGAUUUUUUGACAUUACUGGGAGAAGACUUUGGCACUAGUAUUAACAGAGUGGUUGCUGAAACACAGACCCAAAACAAUCGCAGAAAAGAAAUAAUUUUGCCCAGCACAGAAGACAUAAAAAAAUUGUACGAGUUCAUUAAAGCUGAGCGAUCUCAAUAUUUUAUGGACUUGAGUAAGGAAUUCUCCCACGAAACUUGGAAAAAACUUGGGAAAACAACGUUAUUGUCACUGCAAAUUUUCAAUCGCCGAAGACCAGGGGAGAUUGAACGUAUAUAUAUUCAGGAUUUUCGUAGUUAUCGAGGCCUCGAUCACAUAGCUGACAAAGAAACCUUUAAUUCUUUAACUGAAGAAGGAAAAAAAAUUGCUAAGAAAUACGUCCGAUUCGAAAUUCGUGAAAAACUUGGCCGUGGUGUUCCUGUGCUGGUUGAAAAGGAUGUUCUACAGUGUAGUAAUCUUCUCAUCAAGUACAGGGACGUGGUAGGUGUACCCAAAAAGAACAUGUACCUUUUUGGUCUGCCCUCCAAUGACAAUGAUUGUUUUCGGUACCAUUGGGCUUGUCAAUUGAUAAGAUCAUAUGCUGUGAAGUGUGGGGCUCAAAUUCCCCAUGUUUUGCGAGGAACGCAACUCAGAAAACACAUUGCCACUCGUUGCAUCAAUUUAAACCUGUCCGAGAAUCAAGUCACUGACCUGGCAAAUUUCAUGGGACAUCACGAGAAAAUUCAUAGGGAAAUCUAUCACCAACCUGUAUUGAAAACGGACAUUAUCAAGAUUUCGAAAAUAUUGAAUACCGCCCAAGGUUUUGAUGAAUCAGAUGUAUCAGCUGAUGAAAAUGACGUAAGUGGGACAAGUUCGCGAAUGAUGUCCUCGAGAGCAGAUCGUUAUGGAGACUCUAGUACAUCACGAGUUUCUGAUGGCAAUCGAUCCUAUAAUUCUUCCGUCGGACAGUUUGCUAUAAAUAACGCUAUACCGAAGCGAUGGAGUAUUGCACAACGGAAUACGGUUCUAUCAGCUUUCGACAAGUACUUGGCGGAAAGUAAGAUGCCCACAGGAGCAGCAAUGCAAACUCUUAUUGACUCGAAUGCGUGCUUGAAGGAAAGAACAGUGCCUCAAAUGAGGUCAUGGCUCCAUGCAGAGAAGAAGAAAAUAUCCCAAGUUUAA